AUGGCUCAAAACCGCCAUUUCUCCAUCCUUCUAAUUUCAAUGUCCAUUUUACUAUCAAUUUCCCCAUCUUUGUCAGCCCCCAACGCCAAGGAGUUAUGGUGCAGCCAAACCCCAUACCCCGACAUCUGCAAGAGCUUCUUCAACGCCAAAUUCAACCCCAAAAACCUCGCCGAGUUCAAAAAAGCCGCCUUCAAAAUCGCCAUGGAAAGGGCUCUCACAGCCGAGUCGCUCACCAAGCGCCACGCCCAGAAAUGCCGCACCCCCAAGGAAAAAGGCGCGUGGGCCGACUGCUUGGAGCUUUACCAAGACACCAUUCUCCAGCUCAACCGAACCUUCUCCGACAACUAUUGCUCCGAUUUCGACAUCCAAACAUGGCUCAGCUCCGCGUUGACUAAUCUUGAUACAUGUCGUGCCGGAUUCGUUGACCUUAAUAUUAAGGAUUACGACGUCGUUUUUCCUUUUCUUGGGAGGAGUAAUAAUGUGACUAAGUUGAUUAGGAAUAGUUUGGCUAUGAAUAACUGCUCUGAGACGGAGACGGGUUAUCAUGGUGGAUUUCCUACGUGGGUUAAGGCUGGUGAACGGCGGCUGCUGCAGGCGGCGGUUCCUAAGCCGGACUUGGUUGUGGCGCUUGAUGGGUCUGGGAAUUAUAAGACGGUGCAGGCGGCGGUGGAUGCGGCGGCGAAGAGGAAAGGGAGUGGGAGAUUUGUGAUACAUGUUAAGAAAGGGGUUUAUAAGGAGAAUGUUGUGAUUGGGAAUAAGGUCAAGAAUUUGAUGCUCGUCGGAGAUGGGUUGAAGUAUACCAUUAUUACUGGGAGUAGGAGUGUCGGCGGCGGCUCCACCACGUUCAACUCCGCCACCGUCGCUGUUACUGGGGAAGGAUUCAUUGCUCGUGGCAUCACCUUCCGCAACACGGCCGGACCUCAAAACCACCAAGCAGUAGCUCUCCGAUCGGGCUCAGAUCUCUCCGUCUUCUACCGCUGCGGCUUCGAGGGAUAUCAAGACACUCUCUACGUCCAUUCCCAAAGACAAUUCUACAGAGAAUGCUACAUUUACGGCACAGUAGACUUCAUCUUCGGCAACGCAGCCGUGGUACUCCAAAACUGCAUGAUCUACGCGAGAAAACCAAUGUCAGGUCAGCAAUGCGUGGUAACAGCGCAAGGCCGAUCGGACCCAAAUCAGAACACCGGAAUCUCAAUCCACAACUCGAGAGUGAUGGCCACGGCCGACCUCCAACCGGUGCUAAGCUCGGUGAGAACCUACCUGGGGAGGCCAUGGAAGGAGUACUCCCGGACGGUUUACUUGCAGUGCUUCAUGGAUAGCUUGGUGAACCCUGCAGGGUGGCUGGAAUGGAGCGGGGACUUUGCCCUGAAUACGCUCUAUUAUGGAGAGUUCAAGAACUUUGGGCCUGGUUCGUCCACUGCUAAGCGAGUGAAGUGGAAGGGUUACAGAGUGAUUACAAGCGCCGCCGAAGCUUCCAAGUUUACCGUCGGGAGCUUCAUCGCCGGGAAGUCAUGGCUGCCGGCAACCGGCGUUCCGUUCACUGCUGGGCUUUGAAAUUAAUUAUGGGGGACUUGGAAGAUCUUUGUUCUUGUGCUGUUCUUGGUGGUUGAAUUUUACUGUAUUCAUCAAUAAUAAUAAUAUACCAUUUUUUUU